AUGACCAAGUCUCAAAUCCCCAUUGGCGAAUACCUAUUCCGUCGUAUUGCCUCGCUUGGUAUACGACAUAUUUUUGGCGUACCUGGCGACUUUAAUCUUACGAUUCUUGAUCAUGUCUAUGCUGUUCCCGAACUGGAGUGGCUGGGUUGCUGCAAUGAACUCAAUGCUGCAUACGCCACGGAUGGAUAUGCUCGCAUAAGAGAACUCCCAGGUGUCCUCCUCACUACCUAUGGAGUGGGCGAGCUGUCGGCUAUGAAUGGAGUUGCCGGAGCCUAUGCUGAGCAUGCCGGGAUGAUUCACAUUGUUGGUAUGACUAGUCGAAAAGUCCAGAAACAAAGACCGCUGAUCCAUCACACCUUUGAGCCAAACAUGGAUCACACCAUCUAUAUGCAAAUGAGUGCUCCUAUCAGAAACUCACAUGCAUUUCUAGUCAAUGAGGAAACAUUGACAAAUGAUAUUGAUCACGCAAUCGAGGAUUGUGUCAAGAGCCGCCUGCCUGUUUAUAUUUUCAUUCCUAUGGAUGUUCCCUCAAUUCCAGUUCCUCUCUCCGCUCUCGACAAACCCUUGGAUCUAGAAAUUAAGAACGAUGGUGACAUUGAGUCUAAGAUCCUCAGCAAGAUACUCGACGCUGUUAGCCGUGCUAAGAACCCGUCAAUCCUUGCUGAUGUUCUCACAAUCCGUCACGGCGGAAGGGAUCUUGUCCGCGAGUUGGCUGAUCUGACCCAAUUCCCGACGUUCUCUUGCCCAUUGUCUAAAGGUAUCAUCGACGAGGAUAAGCCCUACUACAUGGGUGUUUACAGCGCAAAUGUGUCGUUCCCUGGUGUACAGGAGGCUCUUGAAAUGUCCGACCUGAUCAUCAACACUGGCACUCUGCAAACUGACUCCAAUACUGGUGGAUUUACACGCAAGAUUCCGGAGGAAAAGGUUAUCCUUCUUGAACACAACAAAUGUGUUGUGCUUGGCGAGGAGUUCCCUAACAUCCACUUUCUACCUGUUUUGCGUCGACUUGUCAAGAACCUCAAGGCCAAAGCAACCCAAUACAACCUUCCGGUCGCACUUCCAGCUGCUAGAAUCAACCCGCCUCAAUUGCGAUCUGACCGCUCAGGGCAGCUGAUACAGGACUUUGUCUGGCAGAGAAUUGGCAAGUUCCUACAACCAGAUGACAUUAUCGUCACCGACUGUGGAACAGGUCAGUUUGGAAUGUUUGAUGCCACAUUUCCCCCAGCGUCCAGGGCUAUCACAUCAACAUUCUGGUCGGCCAUUGGGUUCUCGGUCGGUGCGUGCCUCGGAGCUUGUGUCGCUGCCCGCGAGAUGAAACACUCUGGUCGGGUGAUCCUCAUUGUUGGUGAUGGCUCUUUACAGAUAUCUGUCCAAGAUAUCGGAACUUGCAUUCGUUUUGGUUUCAAACCUAUCAUCUUCGUUGUGAACAACAACGGAUACUCCAUUGAAAGAGCUAUCCGUGGCGCUGAGUUGAGCUACAAUGACAUCAACUCCAAUUGGGAUCACCAGCAGCUGCUUGGUUUCUUCGGGGCUAGGCCUGACACUGGCAUCGCGAGCUUCAGCACCGAGUGCCAUACAGUUGAAGAGCUCGAGAGUGUCCUUAGCAAAGAUGAAUUAAAGAGGGCUGAACAUAUCAGUCUUAUCGAGCUGUUCUUCAGCCCAUUCGACUACCCCUGGCGCUUGGCUACCCAAGUUAGCAAUACACUUGGCCGACCUUCAAGAUAA